UGCUCAUAUCCUGACCUUUAGAAAGUUACAGUGAAACAGCUCCACUGAUAAGGACACUCCGACUCUUCUUAAACCCCCCGGGGCGGACGUGCGGCCAGAGCUACGCGGCUAGACCUGGCCAUCCACUUGUUGAGUUCACAACAGUUCAACCAGAGCCGCUCUAUUUAAAGAGGCAACAACAUGGCACACGGGCUUGUCAGGCGGGAGUCAGUGGAAACGGAGAUGCACAAAUCCGAAGACAAAGGGAAGACGUUUGUUUACACCAAAAAGAAGGGCUACGAUGUCACCAGAAACCCCCACCACAACAAGGGAAUGGCUUUCUCCAUGGAGGAGCGUCUCCAGCUCGGAAUCCACGGCCUGGUGCCUCCUUGCUUCAUCAGCCAGGACGUCCAGCUGCUCAGAGUCCUAAAAAACUAUGACAUGAAAAGAGAUGACCUGGACAGAUAUGUGUUCCUGAUUGGGCUCAUGGACCGCAACGAGAAGCUCUUCUAUCGCCUUAUAAUGUCAGAUGUGGAGAGGUUUAUGCCCAUCAUUUAUACUCCCACUGUGGGUCUGGCCUGCCAGCAGUAUGGCCUCAUCUUUCGAAGACCAAGGGGGCUUUUCAUCACUGUUCAUGACCGUGGGCACAUUGCUUCAAUCCUCCAAAACUGGCCAGAAAAGGACAUCAAGGCUGUUUGUGUGACGGAUGGAGAGAGGAUCCUGGGACUGGGAGAUCUGGGUUGCCAUGGCAUGGGUAUCCCAGUUGGCAAGCUGGCCCUCUACACAGCCUGUGGAGGAAUGCCUCCCCAGCAGUGUCUACCUGUCAUGCUGGAUGUUGGCACAGACAACGAGGCACUGCUAAAGGACCCCCUCUACAUCGGGUUGAGGCAUAAGAGAGUCCGAGGCCAGGCCUACAAUGAGCUGAUAGAUGAAUUUAUGAAAGCCGUUUCAGACAGGUAUGGAAUGGACUGUCUGAUUCAGUUUGAGGACUUUGCAAACAUUAAUGCUUUUCGUCUGCUGAACAAGUACCGCAACAAAUACUGCACAUUCAACGAUGACAUCCAAGGCACAGCAGCAGUAGCAGUAGCAGGAUUGCUUGCCGCCCUCCGCAUCACCAAAAGCAAAAUGAGCAACCACACCAUUGUGUUCCAAGGGGCAGGAGAGGCAGCGAUGGGGAUUGCUGAGCUGAUCUCCAUGGCCAUGGAGAAGGAGGGACUUAGUAAAAUAGAAAGCUUGAAAAAAAUCUGGAUGGUUGAUUCAAAGGGUCUCAUCGUCAAGGGUCGAGACCACCUGACCCAUGAGAAGGAGAGAUUUGCCCAUGAGCAUCCCCAGAUGAAAAACCUGGAGGAUGCGGUUCGGGAUCUGAAACCCACAGCUAUCAUUGGUGUGGCAGCUGUUGCCGGAGCUUUCUCUGAGCAGAUCAUCAGGGACAUGGCUUCCUUCAAUCAGCGACCAAUUAUCUUUGCCCUCAGCAACCCAACCAGCAAAGCUGAAUGUACUGCUGAGCAGUGCUACACAUUCACAGAGGGGCGCGGCAUCUUCGCCAGUGGCAGUCCAUUUGACGCUGUCACCCUGCCUGAUGGGAGGACAUUCUAUCCUGGUCAGGGCAACAACGCCUAUAUCUUCCCCGGUGUAGGCCUGGGCGUCACUGUCUGUGCCCUGCGAAACAUUACCGAGGAUGUCUUCCUAACAGCUGCAGAGGCUCUUGCUGACCUGGUGACUGAGAAGGACCUUGCAGAGGGAAGACUCUAUCCUCCUCUCAGCUCCAUCAGGGAGGUUUCUCUUAAACUGGCUGCUAAGAUCAUGGAUUAUGCCUAUGACCACAAAAUGGCCACGCUUCGUCCAGAGCCGUCCGACAAAGAAGCACAUGUUCGCUCAAUCUGUUAUAGCACUGACUAUGAUGACUUCACUGUUGACUCAUACCAGUGGCCAGAGGACUGUAUGACUGUGCAGUCAUGUAAACUUUGAUGUUCUGCACACAGAAACCAAAAAGCCCUUAAAAAGGAGAAUUACUACUGACAUGCAAUGUUAUCCAAAGACAAAGCGUUGGGAUGUAAAAUAUAUGUCUAGAACUUUCCCAUUGAUUAUAUUGCUGUAUUUAAAAAUAACUGAUGACAGCUCGAGAAUUAUUGGUUUGCAUCAUGAAAUACUGCACCAGCUGUUGUCACCAAUUUGUUUUACAGUAAAAUAUAUGGGGAGGGUCUUUUAUGUUUUACCUUUAAUUGUACUGUAAUAGGUAGUCACUUUAUCACUGUAUCAGCUAAAAUCCAAAGACACUUUGCCAAAUAAAGAAGCUUUUGAUUAAA